GCCUGGUUACCGCGCGCUCUACGCCGGUGCAGGUCAUGCAGUACACCUACACGCUGUUUUUUCUCAUUGAGCUGGUCCUACGAAUAGGCGCUUACGGGAGGAGCUUCUUCUGUGGCGCUGACUGGGCCUGGGGCUGGCUCGACUUCCUGAUCGUCACGAGCUCCUUGUGGGAGCUGGGGAUCGACGUGGCCUUCCUCAUCCAGCAGGACGACCAGCUGCAGGGCAUCGGCAACUCCAGCGCCCUGCGGGCCGUGCGCAUCAUCCGCAUCACUCGGAUGCUGAAGACGCUCCGUCUACUUCGCAUCUUUCGCUUCAUCGUGGCCUUGAGGACCCUCGUGACGUCGAUCAUCUCGACGUUGAAGAACUUGUUUUGGGCGCUGAUGCUGCUGGGAAUCAUCAUCUAUGCCUUCGCCAUCCUCUUCUGCCAGGCCGUCCGAUCCCAUGUCUCGGACCCGACGAUGACGCCGCUGCCGGAGGAG